AGUACUGUGUAUGAUAGACAGAACUUGUCAUGAUUGAUCACGUGUCAAUUACAUCACCUGACCCUUUUAGUCCAAUGAGGUUGUAGGACUGACAGACCUAUGGAUCUCUGGACUCUACAUAUGUUGCUGUGUUGAGAAUGACGAGUUAUGAGGAGGCGGAGGCACAGAUCUCUGAGCUGGACCUUCUAUCCAGCAUGUUCCCAAAUGAAGAAGAGUUCAGCAUCACCGAUCAGCUAGCACUGGCCGAGCUGAGGCACUACGCAGAGAAUAGCGCCGCCGCCGCCGUCCCCCCAACGCUCCAGAUUCAGUUCACUCUGACCAUGAAGCUGGGGCAGGCUGACAGUGUCCAGCACGUGCUGUCAUUACAUUGUUCAUACCCGCCACAUUAUCCAAAUGUGCCGCCAGAAAUCGUCGUCAGGUCGCCUUCCCUGGUCCGGUCACAACAGGCGCAGCUCAAUUCGGACCUUAACACGUACCUGAGAAGCAGCUGCAGUGGAGAUGUCUGCAUCUUAAGUGCCACCGAGUGGGUGCAAGAAAAUGCUGAAACCUACCUGAACAAAGCGACUCCGACGGACAACCAGCAGGAAGCGGCCACAUUGGAAGACUCCAUCUUUACUAGAUUGUGGAUUUACAGCCACCAUAUAUACAAUAAGCAAAAAAGGAAAAAUAUAUUAGAAUGGUCCAAGGAGCUGGGACUGACUGGCUUCAGCAUGCCCGGGAAACCUGGUAUUGUGUGUGUGGAAGGAGCACAGGAGGCGUGUGAAGAGUUCUGGUCCAGAAUAAGGAAACUGACUUGGAAACGCAUUUUAAUCAGACAUCGGGAAGACGUCCCGUUGUCCUCCUCUGCUUCAGAGACUCAAACAGAAAUUCAGAAACUGAGAAAAUUCCCGACUCUAGAAGAGAAGGUGUUUGAUGUACAUGGAUCCCGAGGAAACCACAUGGAUCUAGGCCAGCUCUACCAGUUCCUGCAGGGGAAAGGAUGUGCUGAUGUUUUCCUUUUGUACUUUGGGAUUGAAGGACAAUAGAAGAGGCCGAUCGUGGGAACUGAUCUAUAUCCAGCUCAUAAAAAAGACAUUUCUGGCAAAAAUAAAUAGUUUUAUACUUUUUAUAGUGUUUAAUCUAAAACAUUUCUUUAAUGGUCCUCCAUUGACUUUAUGUAAGUUUUUUUUUUUUUUUUAUUCCUGCAAUUUUCUA